UUCUGAACCCCUGGGUCUGAGGGAGGAGGGGUUGGGGGCCCCCAACCUGGGUCUGAGGGAGGACCGGCAGGAGCCCGGACUCCCAAGUCCACGAUAGAGACCCAGUAUGCAGGCCUAGCCUUCUGGGGCAAGAGAAGCCAGAUGACGGGUCUUAGCAUGGCGGACACUGAAGUCAGGGAAAGGCCUCCUGCUUCCCCAGCCUCAAAUGGGGAGGGGGCAAAGGGCAGCAACUCCCAGCCCUAGAAUGGAGGUCUGAGGCUGGUGUCUCCAUAGCAGGUUCUGAGUCCCUGCAGACCCCCGACACACACACUUCUUCCUCCCUUUUCAUUUUCAGCCCCUCACUCCCCUGUCCCAGGAGGAAGGCAGAGGCCGGUAGCGGGGUUGGGGGCGGCCCCCCCUCCCCUACCCCUGGCAGGAGGAGGGGUCCCCAGGGAGGCCAGGAGGGGGGGCUGUGGGUCUCCCAGCAGGGGCGGACGGACGGGGACUGAAUGUUAAUCGCAUCCCCAGUGAGUGUGUGUGUGAGAACAGAGCGAGUGUGCGAGUCCCUCCCGCUCCGGCUCCUCCAAGCCGCGGCCGUGGCCGCCGCCGCCGCCACCCGCACCCGCACCCGCAGCCUCCCGCAGCCUGCCUCGGCCACCAGUGCCCAGCUGGGGGUGUCGGCCUGGGUGGGUCCGCCCGGCCCCCAGGGGUCUCUCGUGCAUCUGCCAUCUGCCCGCGCAACAUGUGUAGCCGUGUCCUCGCCUAGUCCAGGUGGCCGCAACCUUGGGGGACAGACAGGGCAGGACAGGACCAAGGAAGAGGAAGGAAAGACGGAGCCAGAGACAGGCAGGAGGUCCCUGCUGUGCGCCGCUGCCCGCUGCCACUGCCGCCGCCCUGGGGCCUGACCCCCCUACUGGCUCCCUGAGCUCUCCGAGGAAUCUUGGGGUCGCUGGACGCCAGGUUCCAGUCCUGGCCCCCCUGCAAUCCCCCCAACAGAACAGGGUCAUGAAAAGGUAAGGCUGGGGAAGGGAUGCAGGGGUGGGGGUGGGAAUGUAGACCCCAAAAUCUAGGACAGGGAAAGUUGCCCAGGGGGCUUCAUGGAGGGAGGGGGGUUGCAUGGUGGGCAGGGGUCGUUGCUCCCUCCCAGCUUCCCUGUCCUCAGGGACUCUCCUCUGCCCUCUCUCCUUCUCCCUCUCUGAGCCCCUUUUUCCUGGGUCUCUAUACCUCAGACCUCUUAAGCUCCCCAUUUCUCCGACACUUUGCUGCCUCUCUCCAGCCCCACAUACCUGACGCCCCAUGUCUCUCUCUGUCCCUCCAUUUCUCCAUCUCACCUUCUCUCUGCACCCCCUUUCCCCGCAUCAGUCUCCCCCACCGCGGCCAGCCCUCUCCCUCUCUCCUCUCGCUCUCCCCUCCCAUCUCAGAGCUAUGAGUCUGCUAUUAAUACCCCUGACAAGGACCUUGAGGGCAUCCAGGCCCCCAGCACCCCUCUGCCCAAGCUGCCACCCCUUCCUCAAGGUUCUGAAAUACCCUUCCAGCCUCUUCCGAGCCCCGGGAUUAGGGUGGGGAGAGACCCGUGUUGUGUGUGUUGGAGGGGGGGGAAUGGGAUGCCGUCUGCAGCAGGACUCGAGGUGGGGGAGCUGUUGAUCAAAGUGGCCUCUCCUCCCUUCUGUGAUGGAUUGGGGAGAGCGAUGGAGACAGGGACACCCCAGGAAUCUCUGGCACCCUCCUCCUCCUCAGCUCGGGGCAGGCUAUGCUGUGUACAGGAGUGGGUUGACUGGGGAGGCCGGAGCUGGGGGGGCACCCAGGAUGUUGGGAUUGAUGGGUUUUGAGACAAAAAGGAGGUCCUUAAAGGAGGGGAGGGCUGGGAACCCAGAUUCCUGGGUCUUGGGGGAAGAGGGGAACCGGGGACCUGGGCUCUUGGCUCCUGUCGUAGAGGAAGCUGGGCUCUUGAAUUCCCGAGUAUCAGGGCGAGAGGGGGCUGGGACUCUUGGGUCCUGGGAAAGAACAGGGCUCCGGAGUCCUGGGGGAGGAAGGGGCUGAUGGCAGGACUCCUGCGUGUUUAUGGGAGAAGUUGGAGGAUAGGGCUUCUGUGUCUGAGGGAGGAGGGGCCGGGGCCUCAGUCUCCUGAGUCUGGGCAGGGGACCGGGGUCUGGACUCCUUAGCCUCGGUGUAGGUGGCAUGAGCGGUUGGAGACGGGAGCCAGGUCCCUGUGAUCCCGGAGGGAGCGGGUUCUGGAGACUGGGCCUCCAGAGUCCUGGAGGACUGGAGCUGCCACUUCUCGGUCCCUGGAGGGGUAGGGGACUGCACUCCCAAAUCCCCGUGGGAGAGGACUGGGCAUCCAGCCUCCUGAGAAGGGUGGGGCUGGAGGCUGCCCUCCUGGGCCUCAGCAGGGAGCAGGACCCUGAGGACCCUAAGGGCAGAGGCCAGGCAGGGGUGGGUCUGAGAGAGGCAGAGGAGGGGCUGGGGGCUGAGCAGCCACCAGGAAGGGAGGGGAGAGCGAGAGUUAACCCCGCGGGGACCAGGCCACAGCUGUGGGUUAUUUUGGGGUGGAGGGGGGGUUAUUCUGAGCACUGAUUGAGCCAGCUGCUUGGGGAAGGGCAAUGGAGAGGAGGGGCGAAGAGGAGCCAGGAUUUGGGAGGGAUGGGCAUGCUAGGAGCCCCCACCCCCUUCCCAGGGGAGACAGUGGCCCAGGAUCUCUGAGGGGUGGGGUGGGGGAGGGGAGGAGACCUCUGGGCAGGGGAGAGGGUGUGGGCCUUUCCCCCACCCUGACUGUCUGUGGGGUGGACGAGGCCUGCGCUACCAUGGCAACCGGACAAGAGACUGACUGACAGCCAAGAGACAACCCUUCCCUGCCUGGACCCUCACCCCUUUAGGAAGCCCCUAGCACAGGCUCCCUUCCCUCUCUGGGAGCUAGGAAGCCAGACCCCCCAGUGCCCUCCUCCCUCAGACCCAGGCAGGACCCAGGAGCCUGGGCUCCCAGCCCAAGCACCCCAGGCGGCAAGUAUUCAACAGGGGGCACAGGAAGAGAUGAGAUGCUGUAUUUCCUCUAAUUUACUAAAUUGCUCCAGGCUGGGUGCCAGGGACCCCCCUCCCAGCUCUCCACAGCUGUGCCCCCAACCCUGCAUCCCAGCCUGGGCCAUGACUCUCUUUCUCACUCUCAUUGAGAAUGUGGGAGACAGGGACAGGAGUAAAGGGAGAAAAAUGGGUUGGGGGCUGUGGUUGGGGCGAGGGGUAUGGUUGUGGGGGCACUUUCUCUCCUCGGGGUGCCCCACUAAUUUCUCCUUCUCUUUCUUUCUCUCUCCCCACACACCUGACCCCUUUUCCCUCUCUCAUUUUUUUUUUCUCCCUUUUUCUCCUUUUUAUUUUUGCUCCCUCCUGUCACUUGCCUUCCCUGCCUUCCUUUCAUGUCUGUGCUGGGCACCUCCCUGGUGGGGGUCUCGAUCUUUGCCUUGCCUCGCUAUUUCUGUCUUCCUGUGUUUCUCUCUGCUCUGCCUGCCUCCCUCAAUCUCAAUUCUGUUUCCCCAUCUCUCAUGUGUGCGCGUCUCUUGGUGGCCUUGGGGUCUGUCUCUGUCUUCGUGGUUCUCUUUCCAUCUUCCUCUCUAACUUUCUUGUCUCCCUUAUCUCUCCCGUCUCCCUGCGUCUAUCCCCACUCUGCCGUCCUCUCCCUGGGUCUCCCUCGCUCCCUAUUUCUGUCGCACUGUCUUCCCCCUUUCCCUCUUCUCCCUGUCUCUGUUCCUCCUUCCAUCACUCAUUCCCACCUCUACUGCUGUUUCCAUUUCCCCUCCUAUCUCCCUGCUCCUAUUUUGAUCCCAUCUCUGUGGGUCUCUUUCCCAUCGGUCUCAUUGUCGUCCCCUCCCUAUCUCUUUCCCUCUCCUCACCUCUGUAUCUUGCUGACUCCAUCACCCACCCCUGGCUGUCUCCCCCAUACUCCACUUCUCCCUAUUUCUCCCUGUCUCUGUGUCUCUCCCUCUUUCACCCCCCACACCUCCCCCUAUGUGUUUGGCGUCUCUUCCCCACAUCUCCCUUCCACCUUCCCCCACCGUGUCUCUCCUUCUGCCUGUGUGUCCCCCCCUCCGUGUCUGUCUCCGUCACCCCAACCUUUCUCCCUCCUCUCUCCCCCAUAUCUCUUCUGUGCAUCUCUUUCAACAUCUUGUCUCCCUGUCUCUGCGUCUCCCCGUCUGUGUCUGUCUGUGCUCUCCGCUCCUGCCUCUCCUGCCGUGUCUCUCGCGGGCCCGGGCGCUCAGAGGCUGCCCGGCGGGGCCCGCAGGCGAUGCGCGGUGCCGGUGGCCCCCGCGGCCCUCGGGGCCCCGCUAAGAUGUUGCUGCUGCUGGCGCUGGCCUGCGCCAGCCCGUUCCCGGAGGAGGCGCCGGGGCCGGGCGGGGCCGGCGGGCCCGGCGGGGUCCCCGGCGGGGCGCGGCCGCUCAACGUGGCGCUGGUGUUCUCGGGGCCCGCGUACGCGGCCGAGGCGGCGCGCCUGGGGCCGGCCGUGGCGGCGGCCGUGCGCAGCCCGGGCCUGGACGUGCGGCCCGUGGCGCUGGUGCUCAACGGCUCGGACCCGCGCAGCCUCGUGCUGCAGCUCUGCGACCUGCUGUCGGGGCUGCGCGUGCACGGCGUCGUCUUCGAGGACGACUCGCGCGCGCCCGCCGUCGCGCCCAUCCUCGACUUCCUGUCGGCGCAGACCUCGCUGCCCAUCGUGGCCGUGCACGGCGGCGCCGCGCUCGUGCUCACGCCCAAGGAGAAGGGCUCCACCUUCCUGCAGCUGGGCUCCUCCACCGAGCAACAGCUUCAGGUCAUCUUUGAGGUGCUGGAGGAGUACGACUGGACGUCCUUUGUAGCGGUGACCACGCGUGCCCCCGGCCAUCGCGCCUUCCUGUCCUACAUAGAGGUGCUGACCGACGGCAGCCUGGUGGGCUGGGAGCACCGCGGAGCGCUGACGCUGGACCCUGGGGCUGGCGAGGCCGUGCUGAGCGCCCAGCUCCGCAGCGUCAGCGCUCAGAUCCGCCUGCUCUUCUGUGCUCGCGAGGAGGCCGAGCCUGUGUUCCGGGCAGCCGAGGAGGCCGGCCUCACUGGGUCUGGCUACGUCUGGUUUAUGGUGGGGCCCCAGCUGGCUGGAGGCGGGGGCUCCGGGGCCCCUGGUGAGCCCCCUCUUCUGCCAGGAGGCGCCCCCCUGCCUUCCGGGCUGUUUGCAGUGCGCUCAGCUGGCUGGCGGGAUGACUUGGCCCGGCGUGUGGCAGCCGGUGUGGCUGUCGUGGCCAGAGGUGCCCAGGCCCUGCUGCGUGACUAUGGUUUCCUGCCUGAGCUCGGCCACGACUGUCGUGCCCAGAACCGCACCCACCGCGGGGAGAGUCUGCACAGGUACUUCAUGAACAUUACCUGGGAUAACCGGGAUUACUCCUUCAAUGAGGAUGGCUUCCUGGUGAACCCCUCCCUGGUGGUCAUCUCCCUCACCAGAGACAGGACGUGGGAGGUGGUGGGCAGCUGGGAGCAGAAGACUCUCCGCCUCAAGUACCCGCUGUGGUCCCGCUAUGGUCGCUUCCUACAGCCAGUGGAUGACACGCAGCACCUCACGGUGGCCACACUGGAGGAGAGGCCCUUUGUCAUUGUGGAGCCUGCAGACCCCAUCAGUGGCACUUGCAUCCGAGACUCAGUCCCCUGCCGGACCCAGCUCAACCGGACCCACAGCCCUCCCCUGGAUGCCCCCCGCCCGGAGAAGCGGUGCUGCAAGGGCUUCUGCAUCGACAUUCUGAAGCGGCUGGCGCACACGAUCGGCUUCAGCUACGACCUCUACCUGGUCACCAACGGCAAGCACGGGAAGAAGAUCGACGGCGUCUGGAACGGCAUGAUCGGCGAGGUGUUCUACCAGCGUGCGGACAUGGCCAUUGGCUCUCUCACCAUCAACGAGGAGCGGUCUGAGAUCGUGGACUUCUCUGUUCCCUUCGUAGAGACGGGCAUCAGCGUCAUGGUGGCGCGCAGCAAUGGCACCGUGUCCCCCUCGGCCUUCCUAGAACCCUACAGCCCCGCCGUGUGGGUGAUGAUGUUCGUCAUGUGCCUCACUGUGGUCGCCGUCACUGUUUUCAUCUUCGAGUACCUCAGUCCCGUGGGCUACAACCGCAGCCUGGCCACGGGCAAGCGCCCUGGUGGCUCAACCUUCACCAUUGGGAAAUCCAUCUGGCUGCUCUGGGCCCUGGUGUUCAAUAACUCGGUGCCUGUGGAGAACCCCCGGGGAACCACCAGCAAAAUCAUGGUGCUGGUGUGGGCCUUCUUCGCCGUCAUCUUCCUCGCCAGCUACACAGCCAACCUGGCCGCCUUCAUGAUCCAGGAGGAGUACGUGGACACCGUGUCUGGGCUCAGUGACCGCAAGUUCCAGCGGCCCCAGGAACAGUACCCACCCCUCAAGUUUGGGACUGUGCCUAACGGGUCCACGGAGAAAAACAUCCGCAGCAACUAUCCCGACAUGCACAGCUACAUGGUGCGCUACAACCAGCCCCGCGUAGAGGAAGCGCUCACUCAGCUCAAGGCAGGGAAGCUGGAUGCCUUCAUCUAUGACGCAGCCGUGCUCAACUACAUGGCCCGCAAAGAUGAAGGCUGCAAGCUCGUCACCAUCGGCUCCGGCAAGGUCUUUGCCACGACAGGCUAUGGCAUCGCCCUGCACAAGGGCUCCCGCUGGAAGCGGCCCAUCGACCUGGCGCUGCUGCAGUUCCUGGGGGACGAUGAGAUCGAGAUGCUGGAGCGCCUAUGGCUCUCCGGGAUCUGCCACAAUGACAAAAUUGAAGUGAUGAGCAGCAAGCUGGACAUCGACAACAUGGCAGGUGUCUUCUACAUGCUCCUGGUGGCCAUGGGCCUGUCCCUGCUGGUCUUCGCCUGGGAGCACCUGGUGUACUGGCGCCUGCGGCAUUGCCUGGGGCCCUCCCACCGCAUGGACUUCCUGCUGGCCUUCUCCAGGGGCAUGUACAGCUGCUGCAGCGCCGAGGCCGCCCCGCCGCCAGCCAAGCCCCCGCCGCCGCCGCAGCCUCUGCCCAGCCCCGCGUACCCCGCGGCGCGGCCGGCGCCCGGCCCAGCGCCCUACGUGCCCCGAGAGCGCGCUGCGGUGGACCGCUGGCGCCGGGCCAAGGGCCCAGGGCCGCCGGGGGCCGCGGGCCUGGCCGACGGCUUCCACCGCUACUACGGCCCCAUCGAGCCGCAGGGUCUGGGCCUCGGUCUGGGCGAGGCACGCGCGGCGCCCCGGGGCGCGGCCGGGCGCCCGCUGUCCCCGCCGGCCGCGCAACCCCCGCAGAAGCCGCCACCCUCCUACUUCGCCAUCGUGCGCGACAAAGAGCCGGCCGAGCCCCCAGCCGGUGCCUUCCCGGGCUUCCCGUCGCCGCCUGCGCCCCCCGCCGCCGCAGCCGCCGCCGUCGGGCCGCCCCUCUGCCGCCUGGCCUACGAGGACGAGAGCCCGCCGGCGCCCGCGCGCUGGCCGCGCUCGGACCCCGAGAGCCAGCCCCUGCUGGGGCCCGGCGCCGGUGCAGGCGGCGCGGCGGGAGCGGGCGGCGGAACCCCGGCCGCGCCUCCGCCGUGCCGCGCCGCGCCGCCGCCCUGCCCGUACCUCGACCUCGAGCCUUCGCCGUCGGACUCGGAGGACUCGGAGAGCCUGGGCGGCGCGUCGCUGGGCGGCCUGGAGCCCUGGUGGUUCGCCGACUUCCCCUACCCGUACGCCGAGCGCCUCGGGCCGCCGCCCGGCCGCUACUGGUCGGUCGACAAGCUCGGGGGCUGGCGCGCCGGGAGCUGGGACUACCUGCCCCCGCGCAGCGGUCCAGCCGCCUGGCACUGCCGCCACUGCGCCAGCCUGGAGCUGCUGCCACCGCCGCGACACCUCAGCUGCUCGCACGACGGCCUGGACGGCGGCUGGUGGGCGCCGCCGCCCCCGCCCUGGGCGGCUGGGCCCCCGCCUCGACGCCGGGCCCGCUGCGGGUGCCCGCGGCCGCACCCUCACCGCCCGCGGGCCUCGCACCGCGCGCCCCCAGCGGCCGCACCGCACCACCACCGCCACCGGCGCGCCGCGGGGGGCUGGGACCUCCCGCCGCCUGCGCCCACCUCGCGCUCGCUCGAGGACCUCAGCUCGUGUCCCCGCGCCGCGCCGUCGCGCAGGCUCACGGGGCCCUCCCGCCACGCUCGCAGGUGCCCACACGCCGCACACUGGGGGCCGCCGCUGCCCGCCGCGUCCCACCGGAGACACCGGGGCGGGGACCUGGGCACCCGCAGGGGCUCGGCACACUUCUCCAGCCUCGAGUCCGAGGUAUGACGCGGCCCCGGGGGCCCCGCCGCCCCCUUGGUCAGCGCAGGCCACGGCCCGAGGGGGCGCGCGGAGGGGACAGGACCCGUGUGGUUUGGGAAGGAAAGCAAU